GUCCGAGUCCCGAGUCCCGGGUCCCGUGGCCUCCUCUGGGCUCGGGCGGGCCGGCCUGCCCCCCGCCGGAAGAUCGAGCCAACUAAACCGAACUGCGCCCGCGACCCUGUGACCUUCCGCGUCUCUCCUACCUUUUGCACUUGAGAUGCCCCAGUCAUCGUAAUUUCGCUUCCAUUUACCCUGACGCAGAAUACAGACCGAAUAUUCUGUUUUUACUCGAAGAUAGGAAUACGCUUAUAGAUUUUCAGUGGAAACUCGGCAUGGCUGUGAGCUCGGACAGCUGCAGAUCACUUAAGUAUCCUUACGUUGCAGUAAUGCUAAAAGUGGCAGAUCAUUCUGGCCAAGUAAAGAACAAGUCCUUUGAAAUGACAAUUCCUGAGUUUCAGAAUUUUUACAGACAGUUCAAGGAAAUUGCUGCUGUUAUGGAAACUGUGUGAAACUCUUUGGUGGAUACAGUCCUAUCAUCAUUUGAAAAUUAUGAGCCCAUCUUUUGGCAAAAGAACUACAGAAGAACCAAAUGAUAUUUAUCGUAGUUUUUUCCACUUUUUAAAUAAUAAAAAAAUGAGAAAAACAGGAAUUAGGUGGUGGUGAUCACAACUUUGUGAAUGUACUAGAGGCAACUCAAUUGAAUGCCUUAAGGUUGUAUUUGUGGUAUGUGGACUACAUCUAAAAAAUCAGAGAGGCAGUUGAAUGGAGACAAUACAAGUUUAUGUAUUGGAACAAUAGUUUGAAAACUCACUGGUAAAGGAACCCACUUUAUAAACUAUUUAACAGAGUCCUAUAAGUACAUGUAAAUUAAAAGUACCAUGUUUGAAUAACGUAUAAGUUUUGUUUUUGAGUUCCUCUCUCAAACAUUUGGAAGUUGAUUAAAAUUUGCCAUGGAUGUUAAUCA